AUGGUCGGUAUUGGGGUACUUGGUCGCGAUGUUGGCGACCAAAAUCCAGAUUCCCAGUCUUAUGACUACCGGCAUUCGGCGCGAACAUGGGAUGUCGUUACACAGGUGGUAUGCCUUACCGUAACCACUAUCUGUAUCGGCAUGAGGAUGUACUCGAAACUUUUGGUGUUGAAGAACCCGGGAUGGGAAGAUUCCUAUGCUGUCAUCACGAUUGAAGCAGACAAGCACGGUAAUGGAGUCCAUCAAUAUAUGGUAGCGCCGCCCGAUCUACGAGAGUACGCAAAGCUGGCGAAUUCUUCGCAAAUUGUGUAUGCGCCUCUCAUAUUCGUCACAAAGCUGUCUCUCUUUCUCCUGUAUCUGCGAGUGUUUGCGCCGUCCCGCAGAGGCAACACGUACCGAAUCAUCCACUUGUUCAUCUGGUUUAAUGCGGCAUUCUAUCUGGCGAACUUCUUCUUGAAGAUAUUCCAGUGCCUCCCGCGGUCUAAAAUUUGGGACACAGACACCCCAGGUCAUUGCAUCAACAUCAACAUUCCGAUUCUCGUGACGGCCGCUAUUAAUGUCCUUUCUGACCUCAUGAUGCUCGUCCUUCCCAUCGUUUGCGUUUGGAGACUGCAGAUGACCACGAGAAGAAAGAUGGGUAUAUCCGCUAUAUUUGCAGCGGGUGUAUUCGGGUGCUUUUCCAGUAUAAUGCGUCUCGCAGUAAGCGUCAAGGACAGGGAUACAAAAGAUAAAACAUAUGACUGGUUCUCGGAAUUUUUAUGGACCACAGCCGAAGUCACUUGCGGAAUCGUUGCUAGCAGCCUCCCAGCAUUGCCAACGUUCUUCCGCCACUUCUUCACCAAAGCCAAGUCAAAACUGUCCGAUCUCAGCCAUACAAAAGGUUCAGAUGUACAGAGUAAUUCUUUCGGUAAACCAGAGGAGUCGUAUGCCCUAUCGCGCGGCCGGAAGAAUCAGCUAUCUCAUAGCUUGUUUACUAUGGAGCGGUUGACUGAUCCUGAACGCGAAUCGGACGAUGAUAGGGCGCGAAUAUUCUGCGGAUCUGGUUAUACAACUGAAUCUAGAAUAGAACGGAGCAGGACUCCAGUACAAGGGGGCUAUUAUGGGGAAGCAGGUUCAGGAUUCGGGAGAGAAGAUGGCCGCGGCAUAUUGAGAAUCAUCGAAGUAGACUCGCCCACCGAUAAACUCGUCGCGAUGGCUCAAGAACGCUCCGGUAUCGCGGUUGGUCUCAACAAGGGCCACAAAACCACUCCCCUUAACACCCCCAAGAACCGCAUCAGCCGUUCCAAGGGCAAGGCCUCCCGCCGCACCGCUUUCGUUCGCGACAUCGCCCGUGAGGUCGUCGGUCUCGCUCCCUAUGAGCGCCGUGUCAUCGAACUUCUGAGGAACGCUCAGGACAAGCGUGCCCGUAAGCUCGCAAAGAAGAGACUCGGUACUUUCACCCGCGGAAAGAGAAAGGUUGAGGAUAUGCAGCGCGUCAUCGCCGAGGCUCGCCGUGUUGGUGCUCACUAAAUUUAACUUUAUUCCCGUUUUCUUCUCUACCUUCUGUCCAUGUCUCUCCAAAAUUAGCCGAGAACGAGAUGAAUGAAAACAAAGUUUAAAAAAAAAGUGAGAACAUAUCUCUAUCCAUCCUGUUACUUGGGUCGGGUACGAUACGAAGUACAUCCAAGAGCUUAGGCUGGGUGGUGGGUUGUAUAUGGCGCAAUAUAUGAUGGCUACAGACCUACCGACCUAUUUAUCCUAUUUGCUAUCUAGAUAUAUCCCUUACUAGGAAGGCAAGAAGAGCUAUUUAGGAGGAGGGGAGCGUAGGGGAAAACAUGGUUGUGGAUUAUCUACGAGGUCUAAUUAAAAAUGCAUAUGUAAUACCCGGCUGCUUUUAUCGCUGAGAAAGCUUUCUUGAGCUCGAAACGGGUUCACAGGCUACUUGUAUCCUUAUAUUUCCUUCCAUCGUAGAGGGGCAAGACAGACGAGAGAG